GCCCGUCCGCCCAGCUGCCCAUGUAUGUAUGUAUCUCACUAUCCCCCCUCGAUGUUCAUUUGUAUGUGCAUGUUCCACCACAGCCACUCAGUCGGCCCCUUCCUGUCGGGGCUCUCCCACGGCUUGGGGCUGCUGCUUAGAUGAAGCACCGACAGGCACGGCAACACACACUCGUCCCAGUAACCUGACAGACAAACGCACAUUCAUUCAACCACACAAUACACAGCACAGCACAGCACAGCACGAGCAUAUUUAUGCAAAUCCAUCCCUUUGUGUGCGCCACACACAUACCCGGCUGUUUGCUGUGGGUCAUCCAGUGCAUGGUCCUCUGGGCGUUGUAGUGGAAGGCCAGCCGGUGCUUGGCAUCCCACCCAUACCACCCGCUGAAGUAUGCAUUCAGGAAACCCGUGUCGCCUCUGUCGUAUGACCGCAGCACUGUCCUCUUGGCCAGCAGGUCCUCAUACACGGCCAAUGAGGGCUCGAUGACCAUGACGCCAGCGUUGAAGCGGUCCGGGGGGAACACAUCCGGGGCGAAGGCAGGGCACGACACGGCGGCCGGGUCGAAGAGGCAAUCGAUUUUGCGCAUCACGAUACAGUCGGCGUCGAUGUAUACCACUCGCUGGAACUCAGUCAGCGACCACACCUGGCAGGAAGGCACACAUCAGAUCAGACACACAGAAUGAAGAAAGCAGUGACUGCAGUGCAUGGCCGGACGUCAUACGUACGUGCAGUUUGGUGAAUCCGCUGUUGACCCAUCCCGGCUCGUGACAUCCCUCCUCGGCAUGAGGGUUGGCAAUCCCAUCCACGCGCCGGACGUCCUCCACGCCCUUCCGCUCGCUGAGCCUCUUGAAUGUCCGUUCGCUGACCUGAGGGCCCACCAGCACGAUGAAUGGAUGAGGCGUGCCGGUCUUCCGCAGCGAGAAGGCCAAUGUUUCGACGCCAAUCGCAAAUGAGUCGGACGUCAGCAAGGUGAUGUAGGCACACGAAGUUGAGCCUCCAGAGCUGCCAGAAGCUGAGUUCAUUGUCAGAUCUGCCAG